GGUCCGUAUUACAGAAGGCUACUCAAGUCCUAAUCUCUGUUUAAAACUAGAUUUGAGUUGAGAUUUCAUUUUAGAACGCUCCUCAAGCAUAGAUUCGGUGAUCAUAGUUCAGCUGAGUGUAGAUCUUAUUCCAAAUCAUUACUCAGUUCUAGAUUAAUACUCAAGUAGAGAUUUGAUCUGUGAUUACUCAAGUGUGGUCGACACCGCGCUUGAGCAGAGAUUUCCCUGUCAGUUUUGAGUUUUAGCAAAUAAUUGUGUUGUGAAUAUAAAUAAUGGAAAUUUUUGAACAGUUUGAUUAUUACGAUAAUUUAUUUAACGAUGAUUCUAACAGAAGGUUGAACUUUCGCGUUCCUCUCAGAUAUCUCAGAGAUGUGCAAGACCCAUACAAUAUUGAAAAUUUCAAGAAAAGGUAUAGGUUUUCACAAGAUGUAGUGAAAUCUGUGAUUUUGCCAUUAAUUGACCAAGAUCUGAGAAGGUUAAGCAACCGUGGCAAUCCAAUAGCCCCGGAAUUACAAAUUCUUGUGUGUUUGCGUUUCUAUGCGACAGCGUCAUUCCAGAUAGUUUGUGGAGAUUUAUUAAAUGUAUCGCAACCAGCUGCUUCAAAUAUAGUUGCAAAUAUAUCAAGGUUGAUAGCUCUACAACAGAGGCAUUACAUAAAAUAUCCUCAAGACAUGAUCUCACACAGGGCACAGUUUGCACAGCUCGGCCAGUAUCAACAAAAUCCAGGCCUAAGAAAUGUGGAUGGUGCAAUUGAUUGCACACACAUUAAAAUAGUAAAUACUCCAGGGGUGGAACAUCAUGAAGCCUACAGAAACAGAAAAUCUUACUUUUCUAUAAAUGUCCAGGCAGUUGUUGGACCAUUUGGCAAUUUCAUGGACAUUGUGGCUCGAUGGGCUGGCAGUACACACGACAGCAGAAUAUUCCAGAUGUGUUUGUUGCGCACCAAAUACAUACAUCAACAACAUUCUGGUUAUCUCAUUGGAGACAGCGGAUAUCCUUGUUUAAGGUUCCUGCUAACACCUGUAGGUACUCCAACAACCCAUGCGGAACAAACAUACAAUAGAGUGCAUGUCAAAACAAGAAAUGUGGUGGAAAGAACCUUUGGGCGAUGGAAACGGCGGUUUCCAUGUCUAAGUAGGGGGUUGGGCAACAAAUUGACCACAGUGUCAAAUAUAAUAGUAGCAUGUGCUGUACUUUUUAAUAUAUCAUUGUCUACAAAUGACAUGAUGCCUUCAUAUGAAGAAGAUGGUGAAAUCAAUGAAGAAGUCAUAUAUGAUGAAUCCAACAGUGAAGGGACUACCGAUGGAUUUGCUUUUAGAAACACAAUUAUUAGUAAUUACUCUUGAUUUUAUAUUAUUCAGUUUUUCUAACAAUAAAAAACUAUGU